GCUUCAAAUCUGAAGCCAGAUCGUUCACAAGUAUUUAGUAUGUCAUCAAACAUACUUAGACGGGUAUAUCAAAGAUCAUCUUCCAUUCUAACUCGGUACCAACCUAUCUCCACGCUUUUCGUCUCCCAGUUCUUCACAUCAAGCGAUAAACCACAAAAUCAUGCUUCUGGGCUUGAAUUACUGUCGAAUAAUGCAUCUGGGGUUUCUUCAAUUUGGUAUAAGAGAUUGAAUUUCUCAUGUGGGUCUACACGGCUGUUGUUUAGUACUCAAGCAGCUGUAGAGCCGUCCACCUCCGAUGGACUUACCGUAGAUGGCAUCAUUGCUAAUGAAUGGACGAUUCUGGAUGAGAAUGAGAGCGAUUGGAAGAGCCAUGCCUCUGCAAUUGCUCAAUCCAUUGGCCUUAUCAAGAAACGGUUGCAGUGGAAGAAGUUAAAAGUAAGGCUGGAGAUGCUCUCAUUUCAGUUGGAAAAGCCAGACCUAUGGGAUGAUCCUGCUCAUGCUGCGCGAAUAAGCCGAGAGCAUGGCACGCUCAUGGGUAAAAUGAAGGAAGUUAAUGGACUUGAGCAAGGCUUACUCGAGCAUAUUGACAUGAUCAAGCUUUCUCGUGAAGAGGACGAUCCUGAUUUGGAAUUGGAAUCAGUGAAAGCAUUGUUGAAGAUGAGACAAAGUUUGAAAGAAAAGGAGCUUGAAGCUUUGCUAGCUGGGGAACAUGAUUCUUGCUCAUGUUACAUGGAGGUUCAAGCUGGGGCAGGCGGCACCGAGAGCAUGGACUGGGCAGGUAUGGUGAUGCAAAUGUAUAAAAUGUGGGCUCAACGCCAUGGAUAUGGAGUCACUGUUGUGGAUGAAAUGCGUGGUGAGAUUGCAGGAAUUAAGAGGGCAACGGUUAGAGUAGAUGGUGAAUAUGCAUACGGAUAUGCAAAAGCAGAAGUAGGGGCACACCGAUUGGUUCGCAUAUCACCUUUUGAUAGUGCCAAGCGCCGCCAUACUUCGUUUGCCGCCGUUGCCGUGACCCCCAUUUUAGGUGAUGGAUCUCACCAAGUUCAGAUCAAUGAAUCGGAUCUCCGAAUAGAAAGAUACCGAUCCGGAGGAGCCGGAGGGCAGCAUGCUAAUGUAACGGAUAGUGCCGUACGAAUAACUCACAUACCUACCGGAAUCACUGCAUCUUGCCAAAACGAAAGGUCACAGCAUCAGAACAAGGCCUCUGCAAUGGCGGUACUGCAAUCGCGGUUGGAUCAACGUGAGAUGGUUCGCCAAGCUCAGAUGAAUGCACAAUAUACACAGUCUUUAACUGACAAUAGUUGGGGCAAUCAAAUACGUUCGUAUGUACUCCAUCCUUAUCGAAUGGUGAAGGAUCUUCGUACCAAUUUUGAAGUUUCGGACCCUGAUUCAGUACUUGAAGGUGAAAUAGACGACUUCAUCUUGAGCUUUCUGACGGAAUCCAUGGAUAAGGAAAACGAUGAGGUAUAAGAAAACACGAGUAAGAUGGCAAAUUCUCUGAUGUUGCAUCAUGAAGAUAUCAUAACCAAGUGACCUUAAUCUUGAAGAAACAGUUGUAUGCUGUGAUGGUAGGAGAUUCAGUUGCUACUUGUCGAUGGAAGUCGAAUGAUAUUGGGGCUUAUAUUAUCGAAUGUUUUGGUCAAUAAGUUGUAUAAACAUUUAGAGGAAUGUUAUAUCAUUUUCAAAGACAUUUGAUAUAAAUCAUACGAUCAAAACAAUUAGGAAUACGAGACAAGAUGGGUAAUUCUAUCACCUGCUUUGCUUAUCUC